UGGCUUGCACCCUGAGGUGUACUAAAACUGGAAAAAAAACACACACACAAAAAAAAAAAAUCUCUCUCUCUCUCUCUGUCUCUCUCUCUGUCUCUCUCUCUCUCUCUCUCUCCUCUCUCUCCUCUCUCUCUGUCUCUCUCUCUCUCUGUCUCUCUCUCUCUCUCUAUCCUUCUCUCUCUCUCUCUCUCUCUCUCUCUCUCUCUCUCACACACACUCUGCAUGUCUCUUGCUAACAAUGACAGUUCCUGUCUCUGUAGUCUCUGUGGUCUCUGUAGUCUGUACAAAGUCAGACUCACAAAGUGCUCUAAGAGAGGCCAUUGCCAGAUGAACGAGGUGAGAUGGAGGUGUGCUGUCUGGGGGGAAAAAAACGAUCAAUUGUAAUAACUGUUAGUUGAGUUGGAGUGUGGUUGACGUAACUGAGUUUGGUUGAACGGCGGGUGGGCGGUGGAUCCAGGCCAGAGGGUUCAGUGUGGGGUGUGGAGCUGGCUGGUCAGUGGUCUGAGAACUCUGCCUGUAUGGGACUGUAGCAGCUGCAGUGUGGUGAUUACUCUUUGAUAGGGACAUGGCUGUGGUUUUGGAUCCCGUAGUUUCAACAGGCUGACCUCAUGCGUUCUGGAGGCCAAGGGAGAGGCUGAGCUCACUCUUUAGCAGCUGCCAAGCGCCCCUCCUCCGUGUCCUCCCUGAGCAGCAUUGUGGGUAGGAUGACCUCGUCGGAGCGCGCCUCCCGCGGGAGCUGCACCUCGGUCAACACGGUGUGCUCGGACAGCGACCGCACGGCCAGCCUCAGCUCCUCUGCCUCCUCCGUCUCCCUGCAGGACGGACACUCUUCCUCUUCCUCCUCGCUGCCCUACGGGGCCGUGCCUGCCUACCCUUCCUCGCCGCAGCGCAACGGCUCCGACAUCAGCCUGGACCUCACUCCUCUCUCCCAACUCCCAGCGGGGGUAAACCCUGCCACCGCCGCGUCCCUGCCCAAGCUGUCUCGCUUGGAGAGGGUGGCGCUGGAGAUAGUGGAGACGGAGCAGGCAUACGUGAGGGACCUGAAGAGCAUCGUAGAGGACUACCUGGGUUGCAUCAUUGACUGUGGGGACCUGCCGCUCAAGCCGGAGGAAGUCAGCACUCUGUUCUGCAACAUUGAGGACAUCUAUGAGUUCAACAGUGAGCUUCUGGAGGACCUGGAGAGGAGUCCUCAUGCAGCAGCCAUCGCUGAGUGCUUCGUUGAGAGGAGCGAAGCCUUCGACAUAUAUACCCUGUACUGUAUGAACUACCCCAACUCGGUGGCUGUUCUGAGGGACUGCAUGAAGAACAAGAGCCUGGUGGGCUUCUUCCAGGAGAGGCAGACCACCCUGUGCCACUCCCUGCCCCUGGAGACCUACCUGCUGAAGCCAGUGCAGAGGAUCCUCAAGUACCACCUCCUGUUGCAGGAGCUGGCCAAACACUUUGAUAAAAGUGACCCUGGCUACGAGGUAGUGGAGGAUGCCAUCAUCACCAUGACAGCCGUGGCCUGGUACAUCAACGAUAUGAAGAGGAAGCAGGACCAUGCCGUCAGGCUGCAGGAGGUUGAGAGCUUGUUGACCAACUGGACAGGUCCAGACCUGAGUGGCUUUGGGGAGCUGGUGUUGGAGGGCGCCUUCAGGGUUCAACGGGUCAAGAAGGAGAGGGCAUUCUUCCUCUUCGACAAGAUGCUGCUUAUCGCUAAAAAGAGGCUGGAGCAUUUCAUCUACAGCACCCACAUAUUUUGCUGUAACCUUCUUCUCGUAGAAACCAUGAAGGACCCCCUGUGUUUUAAGGUGUCCGAUCAGACCAUCCCCAAACAGCAGCACAUUGUACAGACCAAAAACCAGGAGGAGAAACGCCUUUGGCUGCACUACCUCAAGAGGCUGAUAGUGGAGAACCAUCUUGCCUCUCUACCCCAGAAGGCAAGGCAGGUACUCGGUGACAACUUCUGUCAAUCUCCUCAGUUUGAUCAGGAUCGGUUAAAAAAAUCAUCUCCAAGAUGCGAUGAAUACCAUCGAGGCAGACGCCAAUCAGAGCCCCCAGAGUUCAUCUACACCCCAGAGAAGGCCAAGAAGAGCCUUCCCUGCUGCUGGAGGGGAACCUGUCCUAUCGCCGUGGCAGGAGGCAGUCUGCUCCAACUAAAGACUUGGAAACAGCAUAUCAUGGUGAGAAUUUUCUUAAAGGAUUCUUGUUUAUCUUGUUUCCUUGUAGUGCUUCAGUCUGUCAGGGCUGAAAGAUUUGGUACGUUUUUAAUGGAAAGUAAACACACCCUUGUUUGUUUCCCCCAACCAUUCCUAUCUUCUCAUGACAUCCAGUCUCUUCAAAGGUAAGCUUGAUUCAGACUGGUUUUUCCCCUAUCCACCCACAACUGUCAUACACAUCAGAUGAUAUCUCAUUUGCAAGAAUAGUACAUGAGUAGUACACCUUCCCUUCCUGAC